GGGGAGGCCACCCUGCCAUCUUCCGCCGCUCUGCCCUCUAUGGCUAAAGGUUGAUUCAGGCUCUAGUCUAGGUGUGCCUUGCCGGGACGUGUACGAGCGCUCGCACUCCAUCCACCUUCUGGUGCUGCUGCCUCCCGCAGGGUUCCACUCAACAGCGCAGGGGCUUCUUUCUGCGCUGCUGUCAAUCUGUCUGCACGGCCCCUGACUUUCGUGGGAUCACAAACCAAACGAGUCCUGUUAACUCCCCUCAUGUAUUCAUCUCGGCCUUUCCGGGUCUCAAAUCAUGACCGAAGCAGCCGGCGUGGAGUGACAGCCAACACAUUGAAGGAACUCAUUAGCAAGACCCUGGAUGCCCUAGCAAUUACUACUGGGCUGGUUACUUUAGUGUUGGAAGAAGAUGGCACAGUUGUUGAUACUGAAGAAUUCUUUCAGACCCUAGGAGACAAUACACAUUUCAUGAUCUUGGAAAAAGGACAGAAAUGGACGCUGGGUCCUAAAUAUGUUACUCAGAAGCAAAAAAGGUCUGGAAUAGCAAAAGUCACUUUUGACUUGUAUAAGAUGAAUCCCAAAGACUUCCUUGGAUGCUUAAACGUGAAAGCCACCAUGUAUGAGAUAUAUUCUGUGUCCUAUGACAUCAAAUGUACAUCGGCCAAAGCUGUGCUGAGGCACUUCUUGCGGUUUAUGUCCUAUGCUGCCCAAGUCACCGGACAAUUUCUCAUCUACACUGGGAAUUACAUGUUGCGUGUGCUUAAUGACACUGAUGAUUCUCCUCCUCCUCUGAAAGCAAGAACCAAGGGUUGGCUCCUGUAGGGGGACAGUGCCUUGCAUUAAAGGGAUCCUAGAUGAAUCCUUUAGUUUCCUUCCCAAUGUUAACUUUUAAGUGACUGGUUUCAGGGAUGCUACCAUAUAUAUUCUUAGACACAUCAUUCCAGGUAGUUGGCCACUGCUACUCAAUACUAAUGAUGCAGGGGGCAGCUAGGUGUCGCAGUGGAUAGAGCAUCAGCCCUGGAGUCAGGAGUACCUGAGUUCAAAUCCAGCCUCAGACACUUAACACUUACUAGCUGUAUGACCCUAGGCAAGUCACUUAACCCCAAUUGCCUCACCAAAAAAAAUUAAAAUAAAAAUAAAAUACUAAUGAUGCAGGUAAAAGUUAUCUGUGGCCAGCUUUUUGUUUCCUAAGAAGUUCCUUUAUGCUAAUGAAAGGGGUGAUGUGCAAAAUGAGCCUGAAAGAAAGGGUAUACACAAUAGGCCUCCAAGGGCCAAAAAUGGGAAGAGAUAUGUGGAACACUAUAAACUGGAUUCAAUAAAUGUACUACUCAAUAAAUAUGCUUUGGUGGCUCAUUCACUGAAGUAGACAGGGCCCAAAAUAUGUCCAUAUGUGUGUCUCUGAAAGAUAGCUUUCACAUGCAAAUGUAAGAAAAGUACUUUGGGGUCUUCAAAUCAGAUCAAUGAUGCCAUGAAGGAAAUAAAGAUCUGGCAAGCAGUA